AUGCGUCUUACCACCGCCCUUCCUCUCUUGCCGCUCGCAGCCGCGCUGCCAACCGCCUUGCCGUCUGCCAAACCUCUUCCUCUCAUAAUCUGGCAUGGGCUAGGCGACAGAUUCGAUGCCGACGGAAUCGCAGACGUCGUUGCUCUAGCAGACGAAAUUCACCCAGGCACUGUUGUCUAUCCCAUUCGUCUUGCCGACGACGGUUCUGCCGACUCUCGUGCCACCUUCUUCGGCAACCUGACCACUCAACUUUCCUCCGUCUGCGAUACUCUGUCCUCCAACUCCACCUUCUCUUCCAAUAACACAAGAAUCGAUGCUCUGGGUUUCUCUCAGGGUGGUCAGUUCCUCCGCGGCCUGAUCGAAACAUGCCCUGGCAUUAGCGUGAGGAGUCUAGUGACCUUCGGCUCACAACACAACGGCAUUUCCAAAUUCCAAAAUUGCGGCACAUGGGAUCUGGUGUGCAAGGGAGCUAUGGCUGCCAUCAAAGGCAACGCAUUCGGCGAGUGGGUCCAAGGCAACAUUGUCCCUGCACAAUACUACAAGGAAACCAACCAAACCACCGCAGAGCCUACAGCCAACUAUCUGGAAAACAGCAAUUUCAUUGCUGACAUCAACAAUGAGAGACACAACAAGAGUGCAGAAUACAAACAGCGCUUGUCAUCUCUGGACAAGUUUGCAAUGUACGUCUUCGAGGAGGACAAGACAGUCAUUCCCAAAGAGAGUGGCUGGUUUGCUGAAGUCAACAUGACGAGCUUGGAAGUCACUGGACUCAGAGACAGGGACAUUUACAAAGAAGAUUGGAUCGGCUUGAAGCACUUGGACGGAAAAGGAGCAUUGGUAUUCAGAAAUGCUACUGGUGGACAUAUGGAUCUGAACGAAAAGGUUCUGACGGAAGCCUUCUCGGACUUCUAUGGCCCAGAGAGGACGCUAUGGAAGUUGGUGGAGCAGCAAUUGCCGUUCCUAGAACUAUAA